AUGUGUGAUUUAUCGUACGCAAUACCACGACAUGGUUUAGCUGUUACUCAGCAACCACAGCAACCAGGAUAUGCUAUAACACAAGGAAGUGAAGUCUUUGAUGGACGAAACACUAAUGCUUCAAUGAACAAUCACGAACGUAGCUACAUUCAAAGAGGCGAUCUCAUCAAGGGGGAAACAGGGAUCUUGCAUGUGGAAGGAAAAGAAAUGGAUGGUCAAACAAGCAAAAGAGUACAGUACUCCGGCACCUUGAUCAGUCCACUCGGAAUGGAUACGGUGUUAGGCUAUAGACUAAAUUUCUAG